AUCCGGCUAUCCCAGAUUCCCAUAAUCCAUAGUCCUAGAGAUUCCUACUUUUAAAAUGUGAAAAAGAGUCCAAUAGAUUUGUCCGGAUUUUUUUCCAACAAAAAAUUUGUCUUUUUUAUUUUGUCUGCUAAAAAAUUAAAAUAUAAGAUUUGAUGAGCAAGCACGCAUCCACUUAUCCCUUUAUCCCCCGAAAUUUCAAUCAGCUUUGAGCGAAGGGAAAGGGUGGGAGUCCACGAGCAAGGAGUUGGUUUGGGUUUCAAUUGAAUUGUUGAUUCGGCGAUCUGGGAGUCCUUCAAUUGGUUGCUUUUUUCACCCAAGUUCUCCAAGCUACUGUUGGCUAAAUGUUGAAUUAAUAAGUUGUGAUAAUGACAAAUUUUGUUGAUCAAAGGGUGUCUCUAGCUGAAGUUUAGCUCCUAACAAGUCAGAAGCGGUUUUUUGUCAAAAGGUAGAUUGUGGUGCCAGCACUAUGAAUGGAUGUAACAGUCUUACUCUUAACAACAAUCCUAGUCUGGCCGCCAGGCAACGGUUGCGGUGGACACAUGAGCUUCAUGAACGCUUUGUCGAAGCAGUGGCACAACUGGGUGGGCCAGAUCGAGCUACACCCAAAGGCGUACUCAAGGUCAUGGGCGUACAAGAACUAACAAUUUACCACGUCAAGAGCCAUUUGCAGAAAUAUAGACUUGCAAAAUACCUACCUGACUCUUCAUCCGAUGGGAAAAAAGCUGACAAGAAAGACUCCGGGGACUUGCUUUCCAGUUUGGAUGGUUCAUCAGGGAUGCAAAUUACUGAAGCACUUAAGUUGCAGAUGGAGGUACAGAAGCGGCUUCAUGAACAAUUGGAGGUGCAGAGACAGCUGCAGUUGCGCAUAGAAGCUCAAGGCAAGUAUUUGAAGAAGAUAAUCGAAGAGCAACAUCGACUGAGUGGAGUUCUUUCAGAAGGUCCCAGCUCAGGGUUGUCUGCCCCAGCAUCAAAUGACAACUGGCCCGCUUCAGACAUUAAGACUGACCCGGCAACCCCUGCCCCAACUUCUGAGACCCCAUUAUUGGACAAGGAUGCGAAGGAAAAUGCCCUAGCCAAGAGUAUUUCUAUUGAUGAAUCAUUCUCUUCUCGCCAUGAGCCCCUUACACCAGAUUCCGGUUGCCAUAGCAGUUCACCAGAUGAGAGCCCCAAGGGUGUGAGGUCAGCAAAGAAGCAACGAGUGAGCAUGGAUGCAGCGUAUUCUAUACCAGAAACUGUGCUUACACAGCGGAUAUUGGACUCGAGCUGUAGCCCACCAUACAAGCAACCCCACUCACUCUUACUGGCCAGAGAGCAGUAGGAUCAUUUGUCGAGGAUACCCAUUAGCAACGAAGAUCAGUUUGAAGAUGUUUCAGGUAGUAACUUAUAGUUUAGGCAUGUUGCAUGUUGUUGUGCAUGCGAGGUUUCCCACUCUCCUUGCAUGUGUAGUUCCUUGAAGAAUGUAUUCUUCUUAGGUGAAAGAACCCUGUUGGUUUUUAGGUGGUGUGACUAAUUGAGGUUCUGGAGGCUCGUCUUCCGAACGUAAUUAUAGACCAUACUUCUGACCUUCAUGAGGUCGUAACAAGGAGAAAUCUACUUGGUAUGAAAUAUAUCAUGGGUAAACGUUUGUGAUU